UGGACACUAAAAGUGCAGCUCUCAUUCAAAUAUCUGGAUCCCGUGCAAGCAAAUUAAUGACUUGUCAGCCCUCAUGUUUUUGCGUCCCCCUUCAGGCAGAAGCAGCUGGAAUCUUGACAGUGCUGUUAUCCAUAAAAGCUCCAGCAGAAGCAGACAAUUGCACCAACCACUGACCUCCAAGCAGGAACUCAACAGACUCGACCAGCAGUACUCGCCUUCGGAUCCUCUCUCUCUCACUCACUGCAGGAUGGCAGGACCUCUCUUGGCAGGCAGGCAUGAGACUCUCCCCGGGCCGAUGCAGAUUACCCAACAGAGGGUCAAUGAACGAGGCCAGUGGGAGAACAAAUUUGAGUUUAUUCUAACUGUGGCUGGCGCAAUUGUUGGACUUGGAAAUAUAUGGAGAUUUCCCUAUCUUUGUUACAAGAACGGUGGGGGUGUGUUCUUCAUCCCGUACAUCCUGUACCUGGUGACCUGUGGCAUCCCUCUGUUCAUCCUGGAGACGGCUCUGGGACAGUACACCAGCCAGGGGGGCAUCACCUGCUGGAGGAAAAUCUGCCCGCUGUUUGAGGGAAUGGGCUAUGCCGCCCAGGUGAUCACUAUAUAUGGAUGUAGUACCUACAUAGUGAUUCUGGUGUGGGCUUUCCUCUACCUGUUCUCAUCCUUCACUGCUGACCUGCCAUGGGCUAACUGCAACAAUACUUGGAACACAGAUUUUUGUGUGACAUUUGGCACCAAGAAUGCCAGCACCAAUUGGACUGUUCCACUCCUGAAUGUGUCAUCUUCCGUUGUGGAGUUUUGGCACCGGCGAGUGCUGAGAAUGUCAGAUGGAAUUGAGUCAUUGGGAGGCAUUAGAUGGGAGCUGGCUCUGUGUCUUCUGCUGUCCUGGGCCAUCUGCUACUUCUGUAUCUGGAAAGGAGUUAGGUCUACAGGGAAGGCAGCCUACUUCACGGCCACCUUCCCCUAUGUAAUGCUAGCGGUGCUAUUUGUCCGAGGAGUGACCCUUCCACGAGCUAAAGAUGGCAUAUUCUACUACUUGUAUCCCAAUGUUACACGCCUAGCUGAUCCACAGGUUUGGAUGGAUGCAGGAACCCAGAUAUUCUAUUCUUACGCCAUAUGCCUGGGCUACCUGACCUCUCUUGGAAGCUACAACAAAUACAACAACAACUGCUACAAAGAUUCCUUCUACCUGUGCUUGUUGAACAGUGGGACCAGCUUUGUGUCUGGUUUCGCCAUUUUCUCCAUACUGGGUUAUAUGGCUGGAGAACAGGGUGUGGACAUCUCUGUGGUUGCUGAGUCAGGUCCUGGCCUGGUCUUCAUAGUGUACCCUCAGGCAGUGUCCCUGCUCCCCUGCCCUCAGUUCUGGGCUGUCUGCUUCUUCACCAUGAUCAUCCUGUUGGGAGUAGAUAGCCAGUUUGUCGCCCUUGAGAGCCUUAUGACCUCGGUAACGGACUUCUAUCCCAACCUCAUCAGAAAGGGCUACCGGAGGGAGCUUCUGCUGCUGCUCAUCUGCUGCUGCUGCUACCUGGUCGGUCUCAUCAUGAUCACAGAGGGUGGCCUCUACAUCAUCCAGCUGUUUGAUCAUUAUGUGUGCAGUGGUACCACUCUGCUGCUCCUCUCCAUAUGCCAGUCACUCAGUAUUGGAUGGAUAUAUGGUGCUGAACGCUUCUGUGACAACAUUGAGGAUAUGAUUGGCUACAGGCCCUCCUCCCUGCUGAAGUACUGUUGGCUCUACAUUACUCCAACUAUUGGCACCGUAACCUUUGUAUUCUCGCUGCUGAAGUACAGCCCUCUGAAGUUCAACAACACCUAUGUGUACCCGUGGUGGGCCUAUGGGCUCGGCUGGAUCCUGGCUAUGUCCUCCCUCUCUCUCAUCCCCAUCACCAUGGUCUACAAACUGUACCAGGCCAAAGGGACUUUCUGGCAGCGCCUCCAGACAGUCUGUCGGCCAGCAGAUGACCUUCCUAUGAUGAAGAAGGAGAUGGCAGGUCUCUAUGCUCUGGACCAUGUUACUGAAGAUGAGAAGACCUACAACAAUAAUCUAUAGACUGACUGUUCUGCUAUUACUUUUCGGGCUGGUUUCCCAGACCGAGAUUAAGCCUAGUCCUGGACCAAAUAUUAUUUACCAUGCUUUUUAGUCCAGGUGUAGGCUUAAUCUGUGUCUUGGAAACCGUCACUUUAUAUUCUUUUUUAGUAAGGGUUUUGGUUUUUGUGGGUUUAAUACAGUUGAAGCUGGUCAGAGUUGUGCUUGAGGUAUUGGUAUUGUGUUUGGAUUGCAGUAUAGUUCAUAUUUUUGUAUUUUGUAUUAACUGAAUGUUUGUAGCAUAAUGUGUAAAAUCAUAGCAAAAUAUUUUUCUUAGAUGAUUCAAAUAAUUAUUUGUAGACCAUUCAUAAAUAAGAUAUACCUAGAACACCUAAACAUUUUUGACCAGUUCCCCAGACUAAGCCUUGUCCUAUGCUAAAAAGCACUUUCAAUGGCGAAUCUUCAUGCUUUUUAGCCCAAGUCUAGGCUUAAUCUGUAUGUAUACACUCUGUAUACAAUAGGUAAUCAAUCCAAGACAUUGACGUUUACCUUUUUAUUUUACCGGGGAAAUUAACAUUACACCCUGUACUUUAAUGACUUUAUUGUCCCCAUGGGUAAAUUUUGUUGCAGUGUCAUGUACACGUUUAAUGAACUCUUUGUAAUUAACUAUUCUUAUUUGAUGAACCAAAAUGACCAGCCUCAGGAUCGAAUUAUAAACAAUAGUGUAAUAAACCCCUGUGCACAAGGUCACGAAAAGAUAAUGCAUUGCAGUCUACUGGUAAACUCCAAAGCCAUUUCUGAUGUCUUUAUGGACGUCUCUAAACUUGAGAGUUCAUGCAGCUACAUACACCUACAUUUUAGUUGUCUACCGUGUCCAGAUUCCCUUUUCCCACGCUGUAUUCAAAUGCCAGUAUGCAUUCUACAAAUGGUGGAAUAGGCUAAAUAUGUCAAGAAUAACCACUGAUGGCAGUAGCUAACUGGCCAGCUAACCUCUGUAGCUGGCAAGCAACGCUAAAGGGAUUGAAAACAGGUUAGCAUAACACUAGCCUAACAUAAACCAAGGAUUUCUAAAUAUUAGCUUGCUGGCUAAUUUAUCCUCCAACGUUAUAAUGAAAAGGUGCCUCUUUCCCAAAACGCAAGUUUUAUGGAGACUUGUGGGAGGAGUGCUGAUGACGCUGCCCACUGUAUGUGCUUUCGGUAGCCUUAUUGUGUCUAGACUGAGGAGAAAUCCGUAGACAAUGCAUCCCUGACCACCUAAAGUGGUCAGACACAUCUGAACACAAUCAGACCACAAAGCGACUUUUGUGCGUCUAAACCCAUCUUUUCAAUGCUAUCUUGUAUUCUGAUAGAAGUCAAGUGUAGACACAACCUAUCUUGGUAAACUGUUGGUCUUGCGAUAAAAUACUCUGCUGUGGAAGAUUUGUAUGUAUUUUUUAGAAAGUCAACAAGUACACCUUGGACAUUGUGUAUAUACAGUGUACAAAACAUUAGGAACACCUUCCUAAUAUUGAGUUGCACCCCUUUUGCCCUAAGAACAGGUGCAAGCUUUUGGGGCGUGGACUUUACAAGGUGUUGAAAGCGUUACACAGGAAUGCUGGCCCAUGUUGACUCCAAUGCUUCGUACAGUUGUUAAGUUGGCUGGAUGUCCUUUGUAUGGUUGACCAUUCUUGAUACACAAGGAAAACUGCUGAGUGUGAAAAACCCAGCAGCGUUGCAGUUCUUGACACACUCAAACCUGUGUGCCUGGCACCUACUACCAUACCCGCAAAUCUAUGUGAACUCCACAUCUAAAUGUGAUGAGUUUGUGGCAUAUUUCAGAGAGAAAACAUUAGCCUGGGUAUCAGUCAAGCAAGACCUGAUGAGAAGUGUAUGUGCCCAGGCCUACCAUGCAAAGACACUACGCAUGUAUUUUCUCUGGUUGACACUGACAUGCUCAAGAAAGUGAUAUCACAAUUUAAGCCUUCUACCUGCCUUCUCAAUCCUAUCCCCACCACCUUCAAAACAGUUUUUAAUUGCAUAUCUGAAGAAGUGCAAGCUAUUGUUAAUCAAGUGAUUAACAUGUACACAGGCACUUUCCCUAAUACACUAAAAACUGUUAUGGUGAAACCCCUUCUGAAGGAAAGUAAUCUAGAAUCAUCAGCUCUUAACAAAUAUCAGCCAAUCUCCAAUCUAAAAUUCAGGAGAAAUGGGUUUUCAAACAGCUAAAUUAUUUUUUUAAAGUGCCAACAGUAUUUUUGAAAAACUCCAAUCUGGUUUUCAUGCCCACCACAGCACAGAGACCGCACCGCCUUAGUUAAAGUGGUAAAUGAGCUUAGAGCCAACACGGAUGCCAAACAGCUCACUGUCCUUGUACUCUUGGAUUUAAGGGCUGCAUUCGACACUGUUGUCCACCCUGAUGUCCUGGACAGACAGGCGAGGUGGGUUGGCCUCUCCAGUCCAUUUCUAAAUUGGUUUAGGACCUAUUUAAUUUUUUGUCACCCUUGGUGAACAUAACUCAGAGCAAAUACAUAUUACAUGUGGCAUUCCACAAUCUUCGAUUUUUGGUCUGGUACUGUUCAGUUUAUAUAUGUUACCCCUUUCCAGCGGUAUCAGAAAGUACAGCAUUGAUUCGCAUUACUACACAGACGAUACACAACUUUAUAUUCCUGUGUCACCCGGAGGAUUUUAGCUCCACGGAUAAAUUAUUAGACUUUAUUAGUGAUUUAAAUACUUGGAUGGCUCACAACUUCCUCCAGCUAAAUCAAUACAAGACCGAGGUACUUAUUGUUGGAGCCAAAGCACAGAGAGAGAAUCUGACCUCACAUUUGAAUUCACGGGCAAUAAAGACAAAACACCAGGUGAAAAACGAAGGUGUCGUUUUAGAUUCUGAACUCAAUUUCCAGUCAUUAGAAAUGUGACAAAUCACUUUUUACCACCUGAGGAACAUUGCCACAGUGUGGCUUUUUCUAUUUCCAGCUGAUACAGAGAGACUCAUCCAUGCUUUUAUUACAAGCAGGCUUGAAUACUGUAAUGCUCUCCUGUCUGGUCUACCCAAGAAAGCCAUUGGUCAACUGUGGAACAUACAGAACGCUGCAGCACGGGUACUGACCAAGACUGGAUGGAGAGCAUACAGUCUGCCAGAGAACCUGAGGGGUGCCAAAACUGUGGACAUAUUUAAAAGAGAUCUUUAAACACACCAUUUUAGCUUUGCUUUUCCUUAGGGUGCUUUUAAGUCAUUCAGUUUUUUAUUAUUUUUAUUUUAUUUUAUCCUCAUGUUUGUGUACUAAAUAUUUAUGUUUUUAUUUUCAUAGUUUGAAUUUUUUUCCUGUGAAGCACUUUGCGUUCUAUGUCUGAAAUGUGCUGUAUAAAUAGCUUGAUUUGAUACUUCGUAUUUCGUUCAAUUCACCAUCUGAAUGGCACACCUACAAUCCAUGUCUCAAUUGUCUCAAGGCAUAAAAAUCCUUCGUUAAUCUGUCUCUUCCCCUUCAUCUACACUGAUUGAAGUCAAUUUAACAGGUGACAUCACUGGCCUGGAUUCACCUGGUCAGUCUGCAUGGAAAGAGCAGGUGUUCCUAAUGUUUUGUACACUCAGUGUAUGUCAUAUCUACUAUCAAUGUGGAAAUGUACUAUUUUAACUAAUACUGUUUUUUAUGAUUUGCAUUAACCUUUAUGUAAUAAAACACUUUAAAACAAAA